ACCCACAUGAAAUUAUUAAUUGAACCUAUUUUUUAUUUUAUUUCAUUUUUUUUCUGGGAAAGACACAGAGAAAUAUCCAUCUCCAGCUUCGAGUUCCCAUCUGUCUUGCACAAAAGGCCAUCACCAUUUAUUUCUUUCUGAUUCAGUAUCUACUCUUAAAGCCCUAUAUAUUUCACUUCACUUCUUUAGCUUUAUAUUUUUUAUCCAAAAAACUUCACAGAGAAACACCCAUUUCCCGUUUCAAACAAACUCACUAUUUCAUCAAGAAAAUGAGAGAAAUCCUUCACGUUCAAGCAGGCCAAUGUGGGAACCAAAUUGGUGGCAAAUUCUGGGAGGUUAUGUGUGAUGAACAUGGCAUUGACGCCACAGGAAGUUAUGUUGGGAAUUCUCACCUUCAGCUGGAGAGGGUGAAUGUCUACUACAAUGAAGCAAGCGGCGGUCGGUACGUCCCUAGAGCCGUGUUAAUGGACCUUGAGCCUGGUACCAUGGACAGCUUGCGCACAGGUCCUUAUGGCAAACUAUUUAGACCUGAUAACUUUGUGUUUGGCCAAAAUGGUGCUGGAAACAAUUGGGCAAAGGGGCAUUACACUGAGGGGGCUGAGUUAAUCGAUUCGGUUCUUGAUGUCGUUCGUCGAGAGGCCGAGAAUUGCGACUGCUUACAAGGUUUCCAGAUUUGCCAUUCACUGGGAGGUGGGACAGGUUCGGGGAUGGGAACACUACUGAUAUCAAAGAUCAGGGAAGAAUAUCCUGAUAGGAUGAUGUUGACUUUCUCAGUGUUCCCUUCGCCUAAGGUCUCUGAUACUGUGGUCGAGCCCUACAACGCAACCCUCUCUGUACACCAGCUUGUUGAGAAUGCUGACGAGUGCAUGGUCCUCGACAACGAAGCCCUCUACGACAUUUGUUUCCGAACACUCAAGCUCACAAAUCCAAGCUUUGGUGAUCUCAAUCAUCUUAUCUCAACAACUAUGAGUGGAGUAACAUGUUGCCUCCGCUUCCCUGGCCAACUCAACUCUGAUCUUCGCAAACUAGCCGUCAAUCUGAUCCCUUUCCCACGCCUCCACUUCUUCAUGGUGGGUUUUGCACCUUUAACUUCUCGUGGCUCUCAACAAUAUCGUGCACUAACGAUCCCUGAGCUCACUCAGCAAAUGUGGGAUGCCAAAAACAUGAUGUGUGCUGCUGAUCCACGCCAUGGGAGGUAUCUAACAGCCUCAGCAAUGUUUCGUGGCAAAAUGAGCACUAAGGAAGUAGAUGAGCAGAUGAUCAAUGUACAGAACAAGAACUCCUCCUACUUUGUUGAAUGGAUACCUAACAAUGUUAAAUCUAGUGUUUGUGACAUCCCACCGACCGGGCUAAGCAUGUCUUCCACAUUCAUGGGGAAUUCCACCUCGAUUCAAGAAAUGUUUAGACGUGUUUCGGAGCAAUUCACUGUCAUGUUUAGGCGUAAGGCUUUCUUGCAUUGGUACACUGGGGAGGGGAUGGAUGAGAUGGAGUUUACAGAGGCCGAAAGUAACAUGAAUGACUUGGUCUCAGAGUAUCAGCAAUACCAAGACGCAGCUGCAGCGGAGGAGGAGGAUUAUGAUGAGGAAGUGGUGGAGAACUAAAAGGAAAAGAGCAAUUCAACAGACAGAAAAGUGACCAGCAUUCAUGUCAAGCAGUUACAUUCCUCUGAUUUUCAAGGACAAAUCCUUCUUUGAGGGCUAUUUGUGCUUCAUUCUCCCUUCCCAGUGCAGAAAGAGCAGCAGCUUGUAAAUAGGAAGCAAUAUGCCAGACAGGUGAUAUUACUUGAGCUUGCAAUGCAUCAUUAAGGGCUUCCUCUGGCAUAUCACUCAUGAGAUAACAUAGACCACGGCGUGCAAAAACUGUUGGAGAAAGGAUGGUUCCAACAUUGAUGAACUGCAAUUAAAUGAACAAACUGUCAACAAAAUGCUGAAGAUGCUCUGAUCAUGAUGCAGAAUUGCAGAGGCUUCAUCGGUCCUACUGCACACAAUCUGUUAAAACAAUUUAGGAUCCAACUUUUUUGUUGUACCCAGAAGUAUACAGAGGAGCCCCAAUGUUAUGAUUCUUUCCACAAAGUAAGUUUUGAAUUUUUCUUUUUUUUUGGUAAAAUCAUCUUUUUUAUUUAAAUAUACAAAACUUGAGCGGUGCUGGCUUUUUUAAAUUUUGAAAAUGGGCAAAUUUGUACUGAAAGGAUACAGAAAAAAUUUAGGUCUGCAAGAAAGAAGACUGCCAUUUGUAGAUAUUCACUCAGAAAAGUUAGCAACUCAAAGUUGCAGUUUAUCAUU